UUUACGCUCGCGAAGUGGAUCGAGCGCCGCCCCACACGGCGGCGAUGGCGGAGAAGGGCGGCGGCGGCGGCGGCGGCGGCGGAGGAGGAGAGAGGUGGAGGGCGGCGAUCACCAACCUCUCGGAGAUGGGGGCGAAUCUCGACUCGCUCCAGAAGCUUCUGACGAAGAAGGCGGUGUUCGUCGACGAGGAGACCUUCGCCAAGGCCUCGCUCACCUCCGACCAGGCCCGAACCAUCAAGGCUCUUGAGCAGAGGGUAGAGUCUUUAGAGAGAGAACUUGAUGCUGCAAUUUCAGCAGCUGCUCGAGCUCGCUCCGAGAAACGACAAGCUGAGGCCACUCAGCGGGCCGCUGAAUUACGUGCACAGGAGAUUACAAGAGAGCUGGAGAACACCACAAAGGUGUUUAAAUUACACAUGGAAGAGCUUCGAGCGAAGCAAGAGGAGAUCUCGAAGAAAGAGGGCGAGAUCAAGGUUUUGGAAGCUAUAAUACAGACGCUAAGUAGAAACGACUCCAGUUUACCAGAUGAGUGAAUUCCUGUUCAUUUUGAGGCUAUCACUUAACCACACCAUUUGGUUUAUCUCAGACAAAAAAAAGAACUCGGUCCUUUCCUCUGUAUGUACAGUUAAUUUAUGAGCUCUUUACUUCCAAAGCAGCUGCUUAUUUGUCUCUGCUAGAUAAUAUUUUUGCAUUAUUUUUUUAUACUUAAAGAUUGUGUAUUAAAUCCUCAUCUCAGAGGCAUCAGUAAUCCCUUCAUCUCGGAGUUCAGAUAUAUGAAAAUAAAAAGAUUUGUAUUCUUUUAUGUUAA